UUUUCGUCAAAUAUCGUCAUAUCUGGCGUCAGCCGAAUCGAUGCGCAUGAAAUCGCACCAGGCAUCAUCGAACAAAAACAAAACGACCUUUUGCAUAUUGGACCUUGACAGAAUCCUAUUCUCAGUGACGAAGAACAACAGCGUGCUGGUCAACGAUUUGUGGACAUAUACAGUGCUGGAGGCAAGACUACGUGCCUCUAUAAACCAGACACGUGCUUUGACCGUUGGAGCAAAUUGGUUUAUAACACUUCGUGGAAUCCCAUAUCGAACUACAGAAGAUGGGCAGAUCUAUGGAUACUCUAGUUAUUCCCGCCAUGAAGGAAGUGUUGGAAGUGGCGCAAGCCGCCGGGCACCAACUUCCGGAAGAAAUCUUGCACAAGACGAUCUAGAGCAACCCUGUGGAGGAGAACAUCGUUCCAAGUAUGCAAGUCGACUUGCAAAAGGUAGGUUAUUAGAACAUCAUCUUUGUAUAUCGCGAUACGGGGGGAAUUAUAUUGAGCAUGAGAAUAUCCUGGGAGAAAUUAUUCGAGAGGCUCGCAAGGGGCGGGGAGUUGCGACGCCCGUGUUAACGGUGUUGUAUGAGAUCACUACUGCUCUUCAGUGGAGAACUCGAAAGAAUAAGGGGCACAUA